CUCCCCUGUCUGCGUCAGAGCGAGGCAAAUGCGCGGUGGAUGUGCCGGCCAGCCCCGCCUAUUUAAGGGCCGACCUCCCCUCAGUCUGUCAGGAGUCCGCCUGGCUCUCUGCACAGCACCUCAGACACACAGCCUGAAGAAACGAUGAACAGUGGAUUUUGCGUGUGCGUGUUGCUGGCUGCCCUGUCCAGCAGCUGCUUGGGGCGGCCACAUUACACCCCCUCCCCGGACGAGAACAGGCCCACCCCAGUGCAGCGGGACACCGGACUGCCAGAUCACCCCCGCCAUGCGCGCUCUGUGUCCCUCACCGGCCAGAAGCAACUCGUCCAACAGGAGCUGGCCGUGGAACCCGGCACCAGCCUGAACGAACUCCUGAGUAGAUUGAUCUCCAGGAAAGGUACCAUCCGACGGAACUCGACGAUGAACAGUCGCGCCACGGGCAACCACAGGAUAAAAGAUUAUCAGGGCUGGAUGGACUUUGGUCGGCGCAGUGCCGAAGAAUACGAGUAUACCUCCUGAAGAAGGGAAAGGGGGAAGACGUUUAAA